AUGGAGUCCGAGAAACCAUCGACGACGCAGGUGCAGCAUGCGGACUUGCUUGAGCCUUCCGAUCCUGAUUUGAGAGCUGCUCCUGUCAUCCACGCCAAGACAAUUAUCGUUGUCACUAGCGUCUGCUCUGUUUAUUUUGCACAGCUGAUGUACUUGGUCGGGGCAGGUUCCCAUGCUCGAGACAUUGCUGCCGUUGUUGGAGGUACCGAUAAAUCCUCAUGGAUCUCAAGCUCCGUGCCUAUUCUCGCUGUCGUUCUCAGUUCUCCCAUCAGCCAAGCUGCAGACUUAUGGGGUCGCAAGUGGUUUCUUGUUGGCCUGACGAGCUUGGGCGGUAUUGGAUGCGUCAUAACGUCCCGCGCAAACUCCAUGACUAUGGCGAUAGCUGGGGGGGUUAUUGCAGCUGCUUCAUUUGGAGCCCAACCUCUCGUGAUUGCCAUACCAUCGGAGGUCCUCCCACGACGGCUAAGGCCUGUGGCUCAGGCAAGCUCUAAUAUCAUUGGUGUGUUGGGAGCUGUGUUUGGACUCCUUCUUGGGGCCGCAGUUACUCGAAAAGGACACGUGGGAGGCUUUCGAGUUUACUGGUAUAUCGCAGCGGGUUUGUACAUCGCGUCUGCUCUCGCAUGUGCCUUGUUUUAUAAUCCGCCCCCUCGAGAGCUACAAACAACUCUUAAUCGAAGAGAAAAAAUGAAAGCCCUGGACUGGAUGGGCUACGCCCUCUUAUCGACAGGAUUGAUUCUUUUCUGCAUGAGUUUGAUCUGGUCGCAAAACCCCUACCCCUGGACCAAUGCCCAUGUGCUGGCCACCUUCCUCAUCGGUAUCACUAUUAGUACAGGCCUCAUCAUUUACGAGACCAAAUACAAAAGGGAUGGAAUAUUCCACCAUAAACUUUUUAUGCAGAGCCGCAACUUCGCUCUUGCGGUUGGCUGUAUAUUCGUGGAAGGACUUGUUUUCUUCACCGGAACAUACUACUAUCCGUAUCAAGUUGGUGUACUGUACACGGCUGAUUCUCUGCUCGGGGCUCUCCGGAUCAGUGUAUCUUUCUUGGUUGGAUGUGGAUCUGCCGGCAUUGCUGGGUGGUACUGUUCAAAGAGGCGGAGUCUCCGUGCUCCCCUUCUUCUCAGCUUUGUCUUUUUGACUCUUUUCAAUGUCCUCAUGGCAACAACUAGACCUGGAUCUAAUCGCGAGGUUUGGGGAUACAUUAUGAUAUUUGGAUUUGCACUUGGAGUCUGCGUGUUGGUGUUGAUUUCUGUGGCGCAAUUUGCAACUCCUCCCUCGAUGAUAGCUACAGCUACUGGGCUGCUGGUGACAAUGCGGAAUUUGGGUGGCGCGGUUGGGCUUGCAGUAUACAAAGCCGUUUUUACUCACACCCUUUCAAGCAACUUGAGUCGAAGAGUCUCGGAAGCAGUGCUGCCAUUGGGCUUGCCUGCGUCGUCGCUGAAGCCACUGAUCACUGCUCUUGUGACCCACGACACAACAGGCAUAUCCAGGGUCCCGGGCAUCUCGAAAUCGAUCAUUGCAGCUGGCGGUCAUGCGGUCCUCGAGGCAUACUCUGCUGCUUUUCGCCAUGUUUGGAUAGUUGCCGCAUGUUUUGGUGCGGUUGGCAUUGUAUUGGCAUAUUUCGUCAUUGACCCAAAGGAAGAGUUUAACCAACAGAUUGACGCUCCAGUAGAGGUGCAAACUUUGAGUUCCGCGAGCCACGACACCAUGGAGAUUCCCCGGUUUUCAGGAUCCUGA